AUGUAUAACUAUUUAGUAUUGGCAACUAUGAUGGUUAUCAUGAUGAUGACAUUAUCAGUUACAGAAGGACAAUUAUAUUUAUCAAUAUCAUCACAAGGAGUUGAAGAGUUUAUUCUACCAGACUAUUGUUUUGGUAUGGAGAAAUGGGUUGUUAGAAAUAAUGUGGCAGAGAAGAGAGUCUAUGACUUUAGUGACUGUGGUGUCUACUUGCACUCUGACAAUUACAAGAUUGGUCAAGACUAUAAUGGUACAACCUACUCGAUGGCCAAUAUCGAUGAUGUUGUGUUCCCAACAAACAGUUACUGGUGGGUCAGCUAUGACAAUGCAUGGGGAAAGUGUAACCAGACCAUCUACUAUACUGGAUUCUACACGACUGGCAAAUGCAUCGUCUAUGACGCCGAUAGACCACAAGACGGCUACGCCAUCUUUUCAUGCGCCAAGAACCAAAAUAUGGCCGAGGCUCAACAAUUUGGCAACGACGCUUCCUGCAGUGGCUCACCCACUGGCGGCAAGAACUUCCAAUACAACACUUACUGCGGUGCAUGGAGUGCCAAUCAAAGAAUGGGUUGUAAUACUCCUGGUAAGAAUGGUCCAUUUAUUGUUGAUGGUUCAAGUAGUAGUGAUUAA